CCUCCCCCUCUCUCUCUCUCUUUCUAAAAGAUCUGGUGGUGGAGCUCCUCUCUCUCUCUCUCUCUCUCUCUCUCGCGGGCAAAGAUGGGGCUAUCAUUCACAAAGCUCUUCAGUCGGCUUUUCGCCAAGAAGGAGAUGAGAAUUCUUAUGGUGGGUCUCGAUGCUGCUGGUAAGACCACCAUCCUGUACAAGCUGAAGCUGGGCGAGAUUGUGACCACCAUUCCAACAAUUGGAUUUAACGUUGAGACAGUUGAAUACAAGAACAUCAGCUUUACUGUUUGGGAUGUUGGUGGCCAAGACAAGAUCCGCCCCCUCUGGAGGCAUUACUUCCAGAACACACAAGGUCUGAUCUUUGUGGUCGACAGCAACGAUAGGGACCGUAUCGUUGAAGCAAGAGAUGAACUCCACAGGAUGCUUAACGAGGAUGAGCUGAGAGAUGCAGUGCUUCUCGUCUUUGCCAACAAGCAAGAUCUUCCCAAUGCAAUGAAUGCCGCGGAGAUCACUGAUAAGCUUGGCCUUCAUUCCCUCCGCCAGCGCCACUGGUACAUCCAGAGCACGUGUGCUACGUCCGGAGAAGGUUUGUACGAAGGUUUGGACUGGCUCUCCAACAACAUUGCUAACAAGGCUUAAAAGUUUGCUGGUGUUGUUGUUACAUCUUCUCGGAGCCGAGCAGGAAAUUCCGGUGCGCUUUCCUAAUCAAAUAUAUUAUGUUUUAGUCUUCGAGAGAGCUCUUCCCCCAACAGUUAGUUACCUUUUACAGACCGAUGAAUUUAUCGCUAUCUAGUCCCAAAAGACUUAACAAUCUCGAAUUUGUUUUCUUAUUUGGAUGUUCUCUGUUUACAUCAAAUACUAUUUCAAUUCUAAGCUCCUAUUUUUAUUCA